AAACUAGAUUCUCUUUAUCGCAUUCGCAACGGCGAACGCCCUGAUCAAUCGCCGAGUAACUGCGCGCGCUCGUAACGUGACUCACGUGGGUAAUGAUCACAUCACGCGAUAGUCACGCGUUUCCGCUACCAAGCUUUUUUCGUUCUCGUCUGUCAUGAACCAGCUAGGACAACAAACUACGAAUGCUGGAGGGGGUGGUGGAUUCAUACCUGCACCGCGGCAGGAUAUGGAAUAUAUUUGCGCAGAUUGUGGCGCCAAAAAUGAAAUAAAGUCUAGGGAACCCAUACGUUGUCGCGAGUGUGGUCACCGUAUCAUGUACAAGAAACGAACAAAGCGGAUGGUUCAGUUUGAAGCCCGGUGACAUUCAAGUUUCCCGGUUGCAAAACGAUUAUCAGAGACGUUGCGAUUAAGUUGAUUACUAUACAGUAUAAGGAUAGACACCUGACGUUGACGACCUCGUUACCACCGCCCAAGUCGCUUGAACCACACAUUCAGGAAGCAAGUUACCACCAGCCGAUCUAACAUCGCGCUGGCGCGUGGGGUCACUCUUAGUAUCCUCUCGUGGUUUGACCACGAUGCAAUGUAUUUGUCUUGUGAAUCGAUACACUGUUUUUGUAGGGGAACGUUAGGAUAUGCAUGUUCCAACCUCAGUGAUACGUACAUAUAAGUCAGUCCUAUUUUCUGAUAUCUUCCACUUAUAUGCGGCACCGACACCGGAUUUAAAUCUGCGUGAA